AUGUGGCUUGUUACUAAAAUCACCGAGAAUGCCACUCGACUUGUACAAGACCCCUUUGGCAAUUAUGUGGUUCAAUACAUCAUUGACCUGAACGAGAGUGUCUUCACUGAGCCUUUAAUACAGCAAUUCCGUGGCAAGAUUAGCCAGUUGUCUCGUCACAAGUUCAGCUCCAAUGUUAUGGAGAAGUGCAUCCGCUGCGGCAAUGACGACUCUAAGGAUAUGAUGACCGCCUUGGAUCAUUGCACCUACCCCAUGAAGAUUCCGCUGGUCGAAGCCAUCCGUCCGAUCGUUCCUACUGUCAGAAACACUCCAUACGGUCGGCGACUUCAGGCCAAGAUCCAGCAGCACGAUACUCGAAGCGCUAAUACCAGCGGACAAGCCACCCCCGCUGACUCAACCCAGGGUCAGAUUGCGAUUCGUCCCCCCCACACUCGCGCUAUGACGAGCCAGUCUAUCGUGUCGCCACCCGGUCCCUACACGAAUGGCCACAGCCCCAACGGUAUUAACGGCACUCGAGGCAGAAUGGCAUACCCACCCCCUAACGGCAUGGGCGUCCCUGGCAAUGCUCCUCCGCAACCGCCGCGAAUGCCCCAGUACCCUACAUACCCUGGUGCUGGUGUUAACCCUGGAUCUGGCGAAGGUGAUUUCUUCUAG